AUUGUACCUAUCAUAUCUAUCACCUUCUCUCUUUUCUCAAUGCCCACCACCUUUUGUCUAGCUGUCUUCACAUCAGCUGUUCCAGCACACCGACACCACAUGGUGUACGCGUGUGCCUGGACCCGCACCCCACGGUGAGUGUCGUCCGUCGUCCUCGAUCGCAUCAGCUGCCGCGCGCCACAUGGCCGUCCCCGUUGUUGCGGACGCUGCUACUCUCCUCCUCCUCCUCCUCGUCCUCUCGUGCUGCUCGGCGACGCGGUCCACCACCGUCACGACGAACGGCGUCGACGGCGGGUACGUGUCGGCGGUCGGGGACCCCGGGAUGCGGCGCGACGGCCUCCGCGUCGCCUGGGAGGCCUGGAACUUCUGCAAUGAGGUCGGCCGGGAGGCCCCCGGCAUGGGCAGCCCCCGCGGCGCCGACUGCUUCGAUCUCGAGAAUGGCGUGGAUGGGCGCGGCCAGCCGACGUACAGGGUGGUGCACAGGGUGAGCGACGCCGACAACAACCUCCGUGCGGGCGACCCGUUCCCCGGCGCACCGGCGAACAUCACGGACGUCGACCGGUACGCGGCGGCGAAGGAGCUGUACCUCGGGGGCCGGUGCCAGGUGGCCGACAGCCCGGCGCCGUGGCAGUUCUGGAUGGUCAUGCUCAAGAACGGCAACCUGGACACCGCCGCCGCCAUCUGCCCGGAGAACGGCCGCCCGGCGCGGCCGUUCCCGCAGGGCAAGUUCCCGUGCCCCGGCGGCGCCGGCUGCAUGAACCAGCCGCUCGUGUUCCACAACCGCACCGCGCUGGAUGCCACCGGCCGUCGGCUCACCGGCGGGCUGUUCGGCACGUACGACCUCGACGCGAAGGACCUUGCCAGCAAAGAAGUGUCGUACUACUCGGUGACGUGGGAGAAGGACCUCGGCAGCGGCGGCGCCGGCGCCGGCGGGUGGGUGUUCCACCACAAGCUGCGCACUUCGCCCAAGUAUCCAUGGCUGAUGCUUUACCUCCGCUCCGACGCCACCUCGGGAUUCUCCGGCGGCUACCACUACGACACCAGAGGCAUGACCAAGAUAGUACCCGAGUCACCAAACUUCAAGGUGAGGGUGACGCUGGAGGUGAAGCAGGGAGGGGGUCCCAACAGCCAGUUCUACCUCAUGGACAUGGGCAGCUGCUGGAAGAACGACGGCCGCCCGUGCGACGGCGACGCGACGACGGACGUGACGCGGUACAGCGAGAUGAUCAUCAACCCGGAGACGCCGUCGUGGUGCACGCCGGGGAAGGUCGGGCUGUGCCCGCCGUGGCACACGUUCCGGAACGGCACCCGCGUGCACCGCGCCGACGCCGCGCGGUUCCCCUACGCCGCCUACCACCUGUACUGCUCCCCCGGGAACGCGCGCGCCGCCGAGCAGCCGGCCACCCCGUGCGACCCCUACAGCAACCCGCAGCCGCAGGAGAUCAUGCAGCUGGUGCCGCACCCGGUGUGGGGCGAGUUCGGCUACCCCACGGCGAAAGGGCAGGGCUGGGUCGGCGAUCCCCGGACGUGGGAGCUCGACGUCGGCGCCAUGUCACAGGCGCUCUACUUCUACCAGGAUCCGGGCACGCCGCCGGCGAGGAGGCGGUGGUCGUCGCUGGAUGUGGGAACGGAGAUAUAUGUCAGCGACCAUGCCGAGGCGGAGUGGACGCUGAGUGGAUUCGACAUUCUUGUGCCCAGCAAGUGAAGGACCCGUCGGUCGCGCUUGUUUCUAGCGUGUGUAAAAGUACAACAGAUUACAGAUCAAUUAAUGGAAUACAUUAUACAGACAAACUGAAGGGACACGGUAUACCAUCAGGGAACAAUGUAGGUUGUGGUCCUGUAGAUUUCGACCGAUUGAUGCAUAUUCCUUUGCGCAUGCCAAUGCCCAUCCUGCUAAGGUGGCCCAGUGGUCCAACGCAGAUCUGCGGCUCCACAUGCCAAGUGCUCUCCACCCGUGGGAGGCUCCAUUUUGCCAUGGCUUGGUCCAGCUCCUCAAUUCCUGGUGGGCUUCACCUGUCAUUGAUAGGGAGCGGAGGGGGUGGUUAGCGGGUGCGGCUGGUAAGUUUGGGCGCGUGGGCACUCGCGAUGCAGAGGAUUUCAGGGGCGGCGACCAAAAGAGAAAAAGCAGAAGGUUCAUGGUGAAUCUAGGGUCACUAGUGGUGCAGGGUGCGAUGGCCGGAGUUAGCCUCCAUGACUAUCUAUAAGAAGCGUCGGCUCUUGCGCACGUUUAUGCAUGUUGUUCCUAGAGCGGGUUGGAACCUUAUCUGAACUUGGGCGAGCGUCCACGAGGUCUAAAAUGUACCAGAGAGGAUAACGACGAUACAAGCGAGACUAUGCACGAUAGUGGUUGGGCUCUUUAUCUUGCUGUGGUUUCUCACGGGGGAUGACACAAAUUUAGGCAGAUGGGGCGGUGACGGGCCAUGAGGUGGGCAAGAGGGAGGUUGUCUUGGGUGAGGGCAGCGGCGAGUGGCAGAGAUGGCCGAGCCCGUAGGCGUGUGAUAGUGGGUUAGGGAUGGUGGCAGGUCAACCCAUGAG